AUGAAGUAUGAAAUCAUUUGCCUGAAGAUGUGCUGUAUGACGACGCUGCCGUUGCUGCUGAAGCGUCAGUCCCAGCAUCACCCGCUCGACCGACCGCAGUCCAAUCCGACACAUCGCCAGCCGAUUGCCCAGCCAGCACUCCUGCUAAGGCUCCGGCCAAGUCACCCGCUCCGUCUCCCGGCCAGUCUCCCGCCAAGUCGCCUGCCAAGUCUCACACUAGAUCGCCAGCAAAGGCGCCCCCCAAAACGCCGGUGA